GUAACAUUUUAAAGUCAUGCACGGAUUAUUACGAAUUCGUAAAUGUCAAAUAAGCACAAUUGUAUGACAAUUUAUUAAGGACAGACAUUUAGAUAAACCUGUCUAUGAGUGUGCUUUUUUAAACUCAAAAUUUGUGUGUAACCAUGCCACUUGUUUAUGGUAUGCUUGUCAAGUGUCUAUUUAUUCAUUACAGAUGGAUUUAUGGAUUUUUUUUCUUCUCUGGUUUAAAAAAUUGAAAUUUAAUUCAUUCUCAAAUUCUGGUUUCUCCUUCAGGUAAAGUCAGAUAGUUGGGUCUGUAGGUUCAAUAACAUGAUGAAUGAUGCUUUCACACAUGAAAUAAAAAUGUUCUUUAUACGAUUUGAAGUUUUUCUUAUCAAAUUUCGCCAUUAUAUUCCAGUGAAUAGUUUAAUAUUGAAAAGUUCUCUAAUUUUAUCAGUCCUUAUGUUAUACUACUUAUUAUAUUCGUCCAUUGAAGUUAGUAAUGAUUUAAAUCAGUUUCAGACAGAAAGAUACAGAGAAGUUCGAAGAAUUUGUGAAUAUUUGCUCAAAAAUAAAAUUGUACAUCCCAAUAAUGGAGUUUUUGAAAGAAUUCAGUCACAUUGGAACGAAAGCUAUAUGAAUUUAUCAAAUCAUAAUACAUGUGAAAAAUUUAAAUUGUUCCAAGUUCAUGUCAUUCAAUCCUCAAUAGAAGAGAAACUAUUUCCUUUAGCAUUUAGUUUAUCUGUUCAUCAAAAUAUUAAACAAGUAUCACGUCUCCUUCGACUGAUAUACAGAUCACAUAACUUGUAUUGUAUUCAUGUAGAUUCUAAAUCCUCAAUUGAAUUUUAUAAUCAAGUGUUAGAGUUGGCCCGAUGUUAUGGUUUAAAUGUGAUGGUGUUGAACCGGACAGAAAUUGUUAAUAUUCAGUGGGGAUAUUAUUCCAUACUUGAAGCGUUUCUUGUAUGUGCAGAUAAAUUAAUAAAAAACACAGACUAUAAGUGGAAAUAUAUAUUGAAUGUGAAUGGACAAGAAUUACCUUUGAGGACAAACUGGGAGUUGGUUGCGGCAUUAAAAGCAAUAAACGGAUCGAAUGUCGUCGAAGGCAUAGGUCCAAAUUUCAACCCUUCACGUUGGCCUAAAAAGAAGUUCUCAUUUCCCAUUAUUUGGAACAAGGGAAGCUUUUACAUGGCAUUAAAGCGAGAGUUUGUUCAUUUCUAUCAAACUGAUCGAAAAGCAAAGGAAAUACUCAACGCGAUAAAAUCGGAAAGACACUUAAAAAAACAUCCAGAUGAAGUAUUUUUUCCUACACUAACUCAUAAUCCAUUACUUGGUGCCCCUGGUGCUUGUAAUGAAAUUCAUGUUACUAAUAAAUCAGAUCCACGGAAAAAUUUCGUUGCUCGUUAUGUAACAUGGUUUCAUGAAGGUUGCAAAAGUUCCAGAGUGCGUAAUGCUGUUUGCAUUAUAGGCAUAAACGACCUUCCAUAUAUAACAUCACGAAUCGAAUUUUUCGCCAAUAAGUUUCAUGAUGAUUUUGAGCCGAUUGCAUAUGAUUGUACAGAGUAUUAUAUCAUGAAUAAAGUUUUAAACGAGAUGAAAAGUAAACAAUUAGAUCCAAGUUUUAAUGUAACACCUUACUCUAUAUUGCAUUGUUCACAAAAUCAUAUCUAAUUUCAAAAAAAAAAAGAAAAACGGUUAUUUAAUUACCAUAGUCAACUUAUGUUCAUUUUCAUUUGUUAAUGUUGAUUAAUUUUAAUAUUUCAGAUUUUACGUAUUUUUUUGAAUACACUAUUACGGCAGAGAAUUCUAUGUCUUAUAACAUAAUUAUUGUAAAUGACAAUUUUUACUUGAUAAACAAUUGUGAAAAUACAAUUACUAUUGUUUGUUUGAA